CGUCGCUAACAGGGACGCUGCGUGGGCGAGGGUGUCCAAUAAGUAACCGACCCUCGCUACGUAAGUCGUCAGAACGCUGACAGCACUUCGACCAUGUACUCUCAAUUGCUGCUGCUUUUGAUUGGUGCCUGCGUGGCGCGUGCGGAGGUGAAGGUCAUCAACUCCUGGAAUGACGGUUUCCAGGCCAACAUCAAUGCUCCUGUCACCAAGAGCCACAACGGCUGGGAGAUGGUGCUGACAUUUGAUCGACCGCUAUGGAAACUGGAGAUAUGGGACGCCGACAUUAUUCGUAGCGAGCAGGGCGGGAAGGUCUGGCAUCUCAAGAACAAGGGUCACAAUGCCAUGAAGAACCCCGGAGAGAGCAUUGCCAUGACGUUCGUGGCUAGGGGAGGGGCGAGCAGCGCCACAGUCAGAAUUGUGGGCCAGGACGGUGGGGGUACCAACACCGGUACUAACCCCAGCAAACCUGUGGUGGACCCAGUCAAACCAGUAACUCCAACAAACACCAAAUACAACUACGACGACGUCCUUCACAAGUCCAUCUUGUUCUACGAGGCGCAGCGUUCCGGCAAGCUGCCCAGUAACAACAGGGUUCCCUGGAGGGGGGACAGUGCCCUGGGGGACAGGGGCCGGAACGGAGAGGACCUCACUGGGGGCUGGUAUGACGCCGGUGAUCAUGUGAAGUUCGGUCUCCCUAUGGGCUGGUCCACAAUGACCUUGACCUGGGGGUUAGUCGACUAUAAAGACGCCUAUGUGGCCGCGGGAGAAUACAACAACAUGCUGUCCUCUGUGAAGUGGCCUCUGGACUACUUUAUUAAGGCACACACGUCAAAGAAUGAACUCUAUGUACAGGUUGGCGACGGUUACGCUGAUCACGGGUUCUGGGGCCGCCCUGAGGAUAUGAACAUGAACCGACCAGCCUUCAAGGUCACUUCCGGGAAUCCAGGAAGUGACGUAGUUGGACAGACAGCUGGAGCCAUGGCAGCUGGCUACAUGGCAUUCAAGGACUCUAACGCUGGCUACGCCGCUACUUUGCUGAGGCACGCCAAGGAGCUUUACGAUUUUGGAAGCAGAUCUCAGGGAAUUUACACCAAUCAAGGCGGCAUCCCGGCCAAACCGUUCUACGUCUCCCAAAGUUACAAGGACGAUCUGUGUGUGGCCGCUGCCUGGUUGUACAGGGCUACAAAGGAGGCCAAGUACCUGAAUGACGCCAAGAGGUGGGCCGAGACCUCCCCGUCCUGGGCUUAUUCCUGGGAUGACAAUAAGGUGUCCUGUCAGUUGCUGCUGUACAUCGCCACUAAGGACAACACGUACAAGUCGCCUAUAGAGAGCUACAUGAGGAGCUGGAUGCGGGGAGGUGACGUCACCUACACUCCUAAGGGCCUCGCCUGGAGAUUGCAGUGGGGCUCUCUACGCUACGCAGCCAACACUGCGUUCAUUGCUCUGAGAGCGGCAGACGCCGGGAUCAACACUAACACCUACAAGAACUGGGCCCAGGGUCAGAUCCACUACAUGCUGGGAGACACCGGCCGUAGUUAUGUGGUGGGAUUUGGAAACAACCCACCAACACAGCCACAUCACCGCGCCGCCUCCUGUCCGAUGCGUCCGGCACCCUGCGGCAGCGCCCAGCAGAACGCCUGGGGUCCUAACCCUCAGGUCCUGAACGGCGCUCUGGUCGGCGGCCCCGGGUCCAAUGACGAGUACACUGAUAGCAGGAACGAUUACAUCAAGAACGAGGUCGCUACAGACUACAACGCCGGCUUCCAGUCGGCUAUCGCAGGUUUGAAACACUGGGCCCUUCAAAAACAGUAGAGAGUAACUAUUCGACCCCGUGCCAGAGUGCGGCUAUACACUCCGAUCAGUAGGUAACACCCUAGGACACUACGGAAACAGCUGUUCUUUGUGCUUAUUGUAAUUUCUGAUGCGAAAAAAAAUGAUAAAGUGAUUAUAGUAAAACUAUGAAUAUUU